UAGAAGUGAGCUGGUACACAAUUAGCUUAUUGUUCCUUUCAGCUUUCUGCUGAGAGGAUCUGAAGGGCUGCUGAAAAGAGGGGAGAGGGGGAAAAAAAAAAAAAAGAAAAUAGCCAAGGCAGUGGCAUCUCUGUGGAUGUGGAAUAAGGGAGUUGCUCGGCUCACGCAGAUUCCCGUGCUAAGUCGGGAGUUACAGCUGUUCCUGCGGAGCUCUCAGCCUGGCUGUGGGGACGGCGCCGGGCAGAGGCACAGACCAGUCUCCAGCUCCAGGCUCUUCUCCCGUCUGCCUCACCUCGGCAUCGCGAUGGAGCCCAACAGCCCCAAAAAAAUACAGUUCGCUGUGCCCCUGUUUCAGAGCCAGAUAGAUCCCGAGGCAGCUGAGCAGAUCAGGAAAAGAAGGCCCACGCCAGCAUCACUCGUCAUCAUGAAUGAACACAUGCCCCCAGAAAAAGAUGAGAAGAGAACAAACAUCUCACAGGCAGAGUCGCAGAGCGCCUCUCCCAAGCAGAGGAAGCAGAGCGUCUUCACCCCACCUGCCCUCAAAGGGAUUAAGCACCUGAAGAGUCAGAGCGACUCAGUGUUUCCAGAAGAAGAAGAAGGUGUUGGCGAGAGGGAAGAGGAGUGGGGCCAUUAACCAGCGCAGAGCUGCCCCGAGCCCCGUCCCAGAGUCACUGAACAGCCCCUUGGCCCCACCGUGUCCUGUCCCGCCCGCUCCCCGUGCCCGGGGGGCUCUGCAGGCACUGCACGCCUGUUCCCUGACCCUUCUUCCCAGAGAUCAAACACUUAUUUUAAAGUCUUUUUUUCUUUUAUUUUCUAUGACUUAGAAAUGUUAUUUGCAAACGUGUUAGCUCCCUGACGUCAGUACUGCCAGAGCUUAACUACUGCGUGUGAGCUGUAUCUAAGGCUUGUUGUAAA